AUGGCUUUCAUCCAGCCUACACACAACAGCUCUGCGUCUGUAAGCAGUGCAGAUAUCUCAUCCACGAUCCUCCAGUCUCAUUGCAAAUCUACCGAUGAGAUUCUGGUCCAAACUCCCCGAAACUGCCAUGACUCAAGUGACAUUCGCCCUUGUCAUCCCACCACGUCCGGGAUUUGUUACAAAUGGCCCAAGUAUUCCCGAGAAACUACCCUGCUUUCUGGAGCUUCUACUCAGGUUGGGGCAGACGGAGACUACCAGAAUGUGCGUUCUGUUCAUCCGCGCCCCAGAUCGGAGACUUUAGCGACGUUGCAACGUCUAGACUACGCUCCUGAACAUGGCCGGCAUCGUAUUGGCCGUAGGCGAAAGGCCCUUUCCUCUGUGGAUUCCUCACAUUGCUGGGUGCGAUACGGACAUAGCUCGCCACCGCCUUCACCACUUGCCUCCAUCAUCUCACUUCCUACCCCAGCGCCCGCCGUCCUGCAUACACCGGAGAACGAGAUGGAGACAUUGGGUUCUUUCGCACCAACUAAUCCCUCUCGUCACAGCCUACGCCUAAUCCUGGCUGCUAGGCUGCCUCUGGCAUUAUCAUCUAUGAGUCGCCCGAGUAGCGAAUCCGGUGUGUCCCGUGCCAACGAUGCGAUAUGCGACACCUCGGCGUGGGAUGGUUCGCCUAUGCCCCCCGGCUCGCAGGUGAUACCUUCUAUCUGUCGCACACCGUCGUCAUACACAGGCUCCGAGUACUUCCCUACUGCGCCAUCUUCCGCCGGACCGCCAACCCCGGCACGCGAACACUCUCCAUCACCCAAGCCUUUGAAUCAGGGACUGCACCCGGUUCUCGAAUCCUUAGAGAACUCGUCCAAGUUCAAAGUCGCUUAG